CUUCGGGGAGGGAGACAGAGGAGGCCCGGGCAAGGGCGUCCCCGCUUCGGGUCAUGUGCAGAGCGCGCGGGCCGCCUCGACCGAAGGGCGCUGGGCCAGGGAGGACCGGCCGCCGGGUUGUCCGGUGGCAGCUUCCGCGUCUGCCGAAUCGCUUCCCGACUGGAAGGUGACGGGCGCGGCUUGGCCGCCUCGCCGGGCGGCCCGGGACCUUCCGGAGCGAUCGGCGCUCGUGGCGGGCGGCGCUAUUUCCUUAUUCCGGGCCAGGAGCGGCACCGGCGAGAGGGCUCGGGCGAGAGUGUCGGGCGGGCGCAUUCGCAGGCUGGGGGAGGGCGGGGUCCUCCCGGGCUGUGCGGACAGAGUGGCCAGGAAGUAAAUCUCGGGUUCGGCUCGUUUCCCUUCUGGAGCCCGGGGCCGGGCGAUCUCGGUUCCCAAGCGGUGCGUUUUGAACGAAGCGAGAGAACUUCUCGAAGGAGGCUCUGGAGCUCGCCGCUAUUGUGAGAUCGGGGGGUCGGGGGAGCAUGGAACGGCGGCCCAGAGAGCCCUGCUCAGCCGGGGACGGAGGUGAAGUUACUGGCGAGAGACUCUCCCGAACUGCGCAGAGGCGGCUUCCGAGUCCUUUCGGCAAUCGAGAUAAUCCAUGGAUGACACGGACACCAGAAGCAUCUCUUCCUGGGAGUCUUUCUAUUCAGUGGAAAGUGCCACCAGCGAGGAGGAGGAGGAGGAGGGUGAGGAAGAGCAGCUCCUGUCACCAAAGGGGAACUUCAGAAUCUUCCUUCUCAACAAUGGGAAGGAGGUGAGGCUGCCGAGGAGACACGGUUGCCUCAAUGGCCCAGGAUUCCUCCUCCUGCCGGGCCUGCCUGACCAGGGCCCCAAGCGCUGGGUGAGGCGGCCCCUUGGAUUGCAUCAUCCUGGCUCAGAGGGUCCUGGGGAGACGCUCUGUAGCCGCCGGGUCAGUCCAAAUGGAAGCCUGCCUGGACAGAGGGUGAACCGAAAGAGGGCCGAGGGCAGCGGCAAGCUUCAAAGCAGCACCACAGGAGGCAACUGGCCCCCUCCAUGCCCCGUGGCAUCUGUGUCGUCACCUGGGAUAAAGAGGCAGCGGAGGAAGGAAGCGGCAGCGGAAGAGACCCAGCACUCUCUCUGUUGGACGGAAGGGGACCAAGCCUUUGCCCAAAAGUGCUGGGAACUCCAAGGCUUUGUCCGCCCCCUGUCGGAACUUCUGAAUCGCUUGAAAAUGGGCUGCUUUGACCGAGGUUUAAGCAGUUUCCAGCAGAGCGUGGCCAUGGAUCGGAUCCAGCGGAUUGUUGGUGUCCUUCAGAAACCUCAGAUGGGGGAGCGAUACCUGGGCACCCUAUUGCAGGUGGAAAAGAUGCUCAAGAUCUGGUUUCCUCAGAUUCCCUUAAAGGACUCCCAGGCCAGCUACGGUGUGUCAGCCAAGGAGGCAUGUGGGGCAGCUCAGUCCCGCUGUGUAGAAGACCAGAUCAUGGGAAGCAGAAGCACACCCAUCCAAGAUGACGUGCUGAGCCUGUCCUCGGACCUCUCUUCCUUACAAGAACACGAUAUUGGGAUUCGGCAGGGACAGCCGGUGCCCAUGGGCAAUGGGCCUGCUAUGAACCUGACCUGGAUUCACACGUUGCCCAUUUUGAACCCUCUCCUGGGACAAGUAGACUUUAAGAGACCGCCUACUACCUCAUAGUUCCCUACGUCCGGUUAGAUCCCACAGGCUGGGUCUCCUUCAGGCCCCGUCGGCCAAGCAGUGCCAUUUGGCGGGGCCGCAGAGGAGGGCCUUCUCUGUGAUG